GCGGCGCGCAGCGCCUCCCCGCUCAGUGACACACGCACCCGGUGCGGGGCGGCGGCGGCUGGUCGGGGAGCGGGAGACGGGCGGGCGUCGUAGCGGCGGCGACUGGGAGCCGAGCCCGGAGCAUGGCAGGGGCUGAAGCCGCUGCGGAGGCUGCCGCUGGUUUCUCCCCUUCGCCGGCUCCUCACUCCCGCCGGGAACUUUUUCCAGCGGCCGGCGGCGGUGCUUCCCCCCGCUGGUGGUGGUGGUGGCAGCGGCGGAGGCAGCAGCAGCAGCGGCGGUUCCGCUCGGCGGUGCCGCCGGGGCUGGGGCUGCUGGGGCUGGUUUUCUCUCGCUUCUGCUGCAGUGCCUUAGCUGGACCAAUUGUUGAUCCACAUGUGACAGCAGUUUGGGGGAAGAAGGUUGCACUGAAAUGCAUAAUUGAUGUAAAUGAAACAAUAGCACAAGUUUCUUGGGAGAAGAUACACGGUAAAAGUUCACAGACUAUUGCUGUUCAUCAUCCCGAAUAUGGAAUAUCUGUUCAAGGAGAAUACCAAGGAAGAGUGUCAUUUAAAAACUACUCACUUACUGAUGCAACAAUCAUCUUGAAAAAUGUAAGCUUUUCUGAUGCAGGAGAAUAUAUUUGCAAGGCAGUUACAUUCCCACUUGGAAAUACUCAGUCAUCAACAACUGUAACAGUACUAGUUGAACCUGUUGUGAGCUUAACGAAAGGACCAAACCCUCUAAUAGAUGGUGCAAAUAGGACAAUAGCAGCCACUUGUACAGCAGCCACUGGAAAACCUGCUGCAGAGAUUGACUGGGAAGGAGGUCUUGGUGAAAUGGAAUCCAGCUCUACUUUGUUUCCAAAUGAAACGGUGACAGUUGUAAGUCAGUAUAUGAUUGUCCCAACACGAUUUGCAAGAGGAAGGCGUAUAACUUGUAUUGUGAGGCACCCUGCUUUGGAAAAGGAGAUAAGAUACCCUCAUGUGUUGGACAUACAGUAUGCCCCAGAGGUUUCAGUAACUGGCUAUGAUGGAAACUGGUUUAUUGGAAGAGAGAAUGUUCAGCUCAGAUGUAAUGCUGAUGCAAAUCCAUUACCUAUGGAAUUUACAUGGACCAGAUUGGAUGGACAAUGGCCUGAAGGAUUGCUAUCUGUCAACAAUACUCUGCAGUUCAGCAGCCCAUUGACUUACAACUAUACUGGGACUUACAUCUGUAAAGUGACUAAUUCCCUUGGUCAGAGAAGUGAUCAGAAGACUAUCUACAUACUAGAUGUGCCAUUUAAGCAGACAUCUUCUGUUGCUGUAGCAGGGGCUGUGAUUGGAGCAGUCCUUGCUCUUUUUAUCAUUACCAUCUUUGUGACAGUGCUGCUGACCCCAAGGAAAAAAAGGCCAUCCUAUCUUGACAAAGUGAUUGAUCUUCCACCCACUCACAAACCAUCCUCAUGUGAGGAGAGAGCAUUCUCCAUACCGCAGAAAGAAGCUAUGCUUCAGAAAGAACAUUUUGCUUUGCAAAACCAGUACAGAGAGAAAGACACUGGAAACUUGCAGCACAUGAAAGCUGUGAAUGGAAGGCAACUUACUUGUGAGGCUGAAGACCCACAGGAACAAGAAAGUCUUCAGCAUGUGUAUCCGGUUUAUCAGCAAACAUACUACAAAAAUUGGAGCAGCAGAUACCCGCAAAACUCAGGACCUGGAAGAGUCUACAUCAAUCCAAGGGAACAUUAUGUAUGAUUCUGUACCCAAAUGUUUUAACUUUUAAAAUACAAAGGUUUUAAUACCCGUUGACUGUAUUACCAAUAUGCCUUGGCUUUCCUCUCUAAAAUAAUUGAUCUUUUUUUCUUGUGGGAAGAAAUUGCAUGGAGGAUUUUGUAUAGGUAAACCCUAUGGAAUUUGAGACUUAACUUGCUUCUAGUCUUUGGUAUGUAUUUGUUUUUGUAGUUAUAUCGACCUGCCAAAAGAGGAGAGCCAUUUAGCUUUAUUAACCUUCAUAGUUGUAAGAUGUAUAAAUGAUGAAUUGGUUGACUUAUGCCAAAACGUAGUUACGCUAUUUCCCUGGUUAUUUCUGGGAGCAUUCUCUCCCUGAAUGGAUAUUUUACAAUAGCCUUACCUAUGUAAAUGUGAGUAAAUAUGAACAAGACAACUGAAUCCGUGGUGACAUAGGCAGUCUCAGGCUGAGAGUAAUUUUUUUGCAUCUUAGAAAACUUCGGAUAAUUAUCAUUUUGACUGGCCCUAGCUAUCGAUUUCUCAACUAGCUCUACCUCUCCCAGUCAAAUGAGCAACCAGACUACCUCUCAAAUACUGACUUGCUGUUUCAUAACGUAUGUUGUGUGUCUUCCCACCUUGUUAAAACUAAAGUAACUUCCUUACAUCAGAAACUUUUUGGUUUAUAUUGAUCCUGGCUGUCAGCUGAUGUACUAGCUGGAUGUAGUUUCACAGUAGGCCUGUAAGAAACUUAAUUGCAGGAAGUAGAUGACUAGACAGGCAAAACUUCUUGAAAAUGUCAUGUGUAGCUACAUCUUACCUACAAAUUGCUGUUUAGCCAUUUUUCCAAGUAUGGCUCCCAUGUUAAGUGUCACAGAGUUUGUCUUGCUUAGUAAUAAAUACAUUUCAUGUUCUUUUUUUUUCUUCUCAGUUUGCCAUAAAACUGCCUGUGAUAAGUUCUUAUGCCUUAACAAGAAAAGGAAAGCUUCAGUAGACCUCAGGUAGUUUUCAGCGCUGUCCUUUAAUCUUAACCAGGAGUGUGAAGUCACUGGAGAAUGUUCUGAUGUUACCAGUUCUAAAAGUAUUCCACGUGAAAUUUUGAGUGUGGGGUAAUGGUUAAAAAAUGUACUCAGGAUCUUUUUAGAAAAAUAAGUUUUCCUAUGGAGUAAAAAAGGAAAUAUUUAGCAAGUAAAAAAAAAAAAAAAAAAUUGUCAUGUAUUAGUGCUGAAGUGAGCUCACAGGACAAUCUUAAAAUAUUUUAAGACAGCAGGAAAUAAGACACUGACUAAAACUUGGUGGAGAGACUGAACUUAUGUGUAUUCUGUACACAUAAGUACAGAAUAAUGAUUUUCAGUCAGAUGACCUUAAGACAAAAUAUUGAGAAGAUCGGCUAUGUCAUACUGAACUAGCUAUUGCUACAGAAUUAAACAUCACUUCUGCAGUAUUAGUGUUUUCUUUACAGAUGAUUGGAUUUUUCAGACAGAGGGAAGAGUCAUAGUUGUAGAAGCAAUAGAAUUGAAAGCUAGUACAGUUAAGUGUGCUGCAGGCAGGAUGCUGUUAUAAAACCUAUAUUCAACUGUCAUUCAUCUCCCUUGUAGUAAAGUUAAUGAGAUCCUUAUCCACAAUAGGGCUUAGGUAAAAAUAUUUCUGGUUUGUUACAGGUAGCAGCUAGAAGAUUGUGGCUUAGGUGCCCAUGUUCUGGGCACUGUGCAAGUAGACAUUAACUGUUCUCUUGCUAAGCAACUUUCUGUUAUAUAAUGUGAAUGAAGUUGAUGGCAGAAGGAAUGGCAAAGAAAAAGGUUGGAGAGAACCUGUUUCUCAGGAGCUUUCUUUGAACCACUGUAUACUUGCUUUUUUUUUUAGGGACUGAGCACAUUUAUGUAAACUGAGCAACUGUUUUCAAUUUUAAAGCCUUCCACUGUAUUGGAGACUUAAAGAAGGGCUUGUGUGCCCCAAAAAUACAUCUUCCAGUAUUAUCAGUUUAAGCAGCUACCUCUUUCCACAAGCGUUGCCUCACCUAUCCUUAAGUUGCUGCAGCUCCAAAAAACAUAUAUUGCCAGAACAUGAAAAGAAAACAAUGUCUUGGCCAAAUGUUAAAGCACACAGAAUGACAGAACAGUGAGGUGAAUUAUGCUGCUUGAGAUAAUUCGAUCAAUAUCACUGAGCAAAACUUCAUACAAAAAAUACUUAGUUAUGUGCUACAGGGUGGUUCAAAACAGUGUUAUUGUGAUAAUGCUUCCCCUACAUUCAUUAGUACAGUGUGAUAUUGAGCAGAUGAUCAUUUCAGUUCCUAUUAUGUUGGCAGAUGAUGUAAAAACCAAUUAUUUUGGGUUCAGACCUCUUCUACUGCUUUUUAUUCUUAUUUGCAGAUUUUUUGUUUGAGUAGUUGAAGCUUUGGGGGAAGGAGAGAGGAAGGAAGAAUGCUAUCAACAAAGCUAUAAUUGCUUUUUGGAAUUUGUAAAAAUAGCUUAAAAAAAUAUGUAGUCCAACUAUGCCCAUGUUAUAUAUCAACAAACUACAGAAAGCUUGAAUUGCAAACUAUCCAUCAGCACAUAGUUUGCCCUAAAGUCAUUAAGGAAAUAUGUUAUCAUGGUUAUUAACUGUGAGAAAUGGUUUUUGUGUAAUCUGUUCAGGGACAUUUAGAGCGUUAGGUUUUUUGAAAUGUUACUUGUAGUCAUAAGUGUGGCUGGGUUUUGAGGGAGGGGAUUUGGCAUAGAAUGCUCUGAAGAGAACAGAAAUGUCUGCUGAUUAGGAUUUCCCACAGAAAGGAAUACACGUAUAGACGUAAGUUUGAUCUGCUUUUUUAAGGUGUAGAAAAUGCCCUUUUUAUAUUUUUGUACAUCUGCAAAUGUUUGUAUUUGUAUAUUGAUUGGAAUAAAAACAUUCAAAACAGAAACUUUUCAUGUGUUCUUUAGGUUUAAGAUCGCUUAAGGUACGGGAAGUGCAUCCAGUUUCUUGGUGAUAUGUGUCUUCCUCUCUGGUUGUAUAUGCAGAGCAUGUGGUUUUUUCCUAACAGUACCCCUUUCUCGAAUAUCUUGGUGUUGGAUGCUGAAAUGAGAUGUCCUUUCAACACUUGUUUCAUUUGAGGGGCAUAUAAUAUUUUGUGAAAAUCCAGCACUUACCUAAACUGAACACCCAGAAUCGCUGUUGAGGGAGAUAGUAAUGGAGGGGAAGAUUAGUAAUUCAUAUCUCUAGCUUUGAUAAAUAUAAAUUAUCCUCUGCUCAAGUAUGUUUAAAUUCUACAAGCUAGUCUUAUUAUAGAAAAUAUAGUUUUUUGCUAUGUCCAAAAUGUUUGUGGAUGUAAUACAAAGGAAAACUAAGAAAAUGUACUAAUUAAAAGGGAAACACUUAACAAUUGAUUAUUAAAGGACUACUGUUGUUAGGUCACGAAAUGAUCAAAUGUAUUGAGUAUCCAGCUAGAAGAAAGCCCGAUAAAAAGGUGUGAUAAUUCAUGAAGAGUGGAGGGAAGGUUUUCACCUUCAGAGUUCUUAACUUCAGCUGCGUUUUGGCAGUGUUACUACCGUUUCCUUCUCUGUGAUACAAAUUUGGGUGCCAAAUGCUGUAAUGUUGUACAGAUAAGUGCUUAAAAUACAGCAUAGUGACUCUUUUGAUGCAACAGACUGGAAGUUACUGUUUCUGUCUGAACCACUGUGUUGUUUGAAGGCUCUGCAUGCGAGUGCUGUAGUAACAGGUAGUAAAUCAGCAGAUGAAAUUGUUUUGACACCUUAGGUCACUUCAGAGAUUACUGGGAGAGCUAAAGUUCCAGGCAAAAAACCUAAAAUGGCCUUGGUAGUUCUUAACUGCUCAGUUGCCUGGUGGAAGGUGGACUGGGGGAUUUUACCCACUUGUGGUACGUGUCCAGAGUAUUGGAAGACUGGGUUUGGCUUUUGGAAACAUGUUUCACUCCAGUAGCAAAACUAAGACUUUAUUGAUGAUUAAACAUUAUAACCCACCUUACCAAUGUCAUCAGAACAUUAAGUUUGAGAUUAAUCAAGCUAGCCUGCAUUUUUCGUGAUGUUUCAAAGCUAUGUUACCUGGUUUCAUGCAGCUGAUGAUGUAGAUCUUUGAAUGCUGGUGAAACUUAGAAGAACCUACUUGGUACGGAAAGACCUGGCCAGUUGUUGUGGAGGUGGUUAAAAAUAGUUAAUAAAGCGCUAAAAGAUUAUGUAGAAGUUAUGGUGAACUGAUAAGGUGGUGACUACUGGUAAAAAGCAAAACCUGAAGAGAGGUUGAAUCUCAACAGAAUGACACAUAAUAAAUUUUUUUGUUUAUUGCCAGGCAGAGGUAGAUGGCUUAGAAAAUUCUGCAGCAUUAAAACCUAUCAACCUUCUCCACACUCCACCCCACUUAGUUGCUGAUAUCUUUUGAAAAUAUUUGUGAGCAGUGAAAAACUGCUACACAGGAGUGACUUUGCUAAGAAAGGACCUAAUUGGAGAGUGCUUUCUAUAAGAACUUUGGCUUUUGUAGUUUAGGCAACUUUUAGGUUAUGCUGUUCAGCUUUGUGCUUCUCUAGUAUCACCGGCUGCUUUGAAAAGUAGAGGCCUAUGAUUUGAUCCUUAACCAAAAACUGGACUUGUAAAGGAGCCUACCUGUCAAAAUACUAGUUCAAAGUUCCGAUAAACCUCAUAGUUCCUUUCUGACAAAGUAAAGAUUUGAUGUUUCUCUAUUUACUGAAAAGUAUGGCAUUGUUCUUGGUCAUUAGCUGAAUGAUACUGAAUGAAAAUGCACAAAAAAUAGGUUGUGUAUCUUAGAAAUAAUUAUUCAAACAAUGAAAGCCAAGUAGAGAUGUUAGGCAUUUUAAUCUGCACUGACAACCCCUCAGUGCAGCUGUUCCUAGUCUUGUUUUGUGAUCUUAUUUGAGUUGAUUUUAUGCUGUAUCUAAAUCUAGAUCCUUCAAUUGCCAGCAGAAAAUAAAUUCUACUUAGCUUACAAGUCAA